AGAGACAAGUGACUGUGUGUGUCAGCGUCCAUCUUUCUUCUUGCUCUGCACUGGUCCUGGUCAGAAAUGUUGAACUUGACUGGCCUCCACCUGCUUCCCUUUCCUGGGACCACAGAGCCUUGACCCUGCAUGGGGCUAUCUGGCUAUAUUUUCUCCAAGUGCUUUCACCAUGCUUCCUCUUGAUCAUUGGUGACUAUGGCUCUCAAAAUUGGUGCAAAAUGAAGAUUAGCUUUUCUCUAGUCAUCACAAUAGCUGUACCAACCUCUCUUUCCAAUAGCUUCACAGUGAGCAUUUUGACCAUAGUAUGAUGCACCCACUAGGCCUAUGUAAUAACAAUGACGAAGAGGACUUGUAUGAAUAUGGCUGGGUAGGAGUGGUGAAGCUUGAACAGCCAGAAUUGGACCCCAAACCAUGUCUCACUGUCCUGGGCAAGGCCAAGAGAGCAGUUCAGCGGGGAGCUACUGCAGUUAUCUUUGAUGUAUCUGAAAAUCCAGAAGCCAUCGACCAGCUAAACCAAGGCUCAGAAGACCCUCUUAAGAGGCCAGUGGUGUAUGUGAAGGGUGCAGAUGCUAUCAAGCUGAUGAACAUUGUCAACAAGCAGAAAGUAGCUCGAGCAAGGAUCCAGCACCUCCCUCCUCGACAACCCACCGAGUACUUUGACAUGGGAAUUUUCCUGGCCUUCUUCGUCGUGGUCUCCUUGGUCUGCCUCAUUCUCCUUGUCAAAAUCAAGCUGAAGCAACGUCGUAGUCAGAAUUCCAUGAACAGGCUGGCUGUGCAGGCUCUGGAGAAGAUGGAAACCAGAAAGUUCAACUCCAAGAGCAAGGGGCGCCGGGAAGGAAGCUGUGGGGCCCUGGACACACUGAGCAGCGGCUCCACAUCCGACUGUGCCAUCUGUCUGGAGAAGUACAUUGACGGAGAGGAGCUUCGGGUCAUCCCUUGUACUCAUCGGUUCCACAGGAAGUGUGUGGAUCCAUGGCUACUGCAGCACCACACCUGCCCCCACUGUCGGCACAACAUCAUAGAACAAAAGGGAAAUCCAGGUGCUGUUUGUGUGGAGACAAGCAACCUUACACGUGGUCGGCAGCCAAGAGUGACCCUACCGGUACAUUACCCAGGCCGUGUGCAUAGGACCAAUGCCAUCCCAGCCUACCCUACUAGGACAAGUAUGGACUCCCAUGGCAACCCUGUCACACUGCUAACCAUGGACCGGCAUGGGGAGCAGAACCUCUAUUCUCCACAAACACCCACCUAUGUCCGUGGCUACCCACCCCUGCACCUGGACCACACUCUGGCCCCUCAUCGCUGCAGCCUGGAACACCGGGCCUACUCACCAGCCCAUCCCUUCCGCAGGCCCAAGUUCAGCAGCCGCAGCUUCUCCAAGGCAGCUUGCUUCUCCCAGUAUGAGACCAUGUACCAACACUACUACUUCCAGGGUCUCAGCUACCCAGAGCAGGAGGGCCAGACAAUACCCAGCGUCACACCCAGGGGCCAAUCCCGUGCCUUCCCACCAAGUGGUGCCAGCAGCCUGCUCUUCCCCACAAUGGUACAUGUGGCCCCUCCAACCCACGUGGAGAGUGGCAGCACAUCUAGCUUCAGUUGCUAUCAUGGGCACCGUUCUGUGUGUAGCGGCUACCUGGCUGACUGUCCUGGCAGCGAUAGCAGCAGCAACAGCUCUGGCCAGUGCCGCUGCUCUUCCAGUGACUCCGUGGUGGACUGCACAGAAGUCAGCAACCAAGGUGUGUAUGGGAGCUGUUCCACCUUCCGAAGCUCCCUCAGCAGCGACUAUGACCCCUUCAUCUACCGCAGCCGGGGGCCUGCUGUGCACCUUGAGGGCUCCCCUCCACCAGAGGAGCUCCCAGCAGGACACAGUCAAAGUGCUGGGAGGGGCGAGCCAUGGCUAGGCCCUGCCUCUCCCUCAGGGGACCAGCUGUCCACCUGCAGCCUGGAGAUGAACUACAGCAGCAACUCCUCGCUGGAACCCAGAGGGCCCAACAGCUCUACCUCAGAAGUGGGGCUCGAGGUUUCUCCUGGGGCUGCCCUGGACCUCAGGAGGACCUGGAAAGGGGGUCCAGAGGGACCAUCAUGUGCUUGCUGCUUCGAGCCCCAGCCCUUCCCGCCGGGCUCUGGGAUAGAAACAAGUGCAGGUGGCAGCAGUUUAUUCCUGGGUCCUCGGCUCCUCGAGGACUGCAACCCUCCAAGUGGGGAGCCACAGCUGGGGAGCUCCCAGGGCCUGUAUGGUCUUCACUCAGACCAUUAUCCUAGGACAGAUGGGGUGAAAUAUGAGGGCUUGCCCUGCUGCUUCUAUGAAGAGAAGCAGGUGGCCCACAGUGCUGGCAGGGGCAAUGGCUGCUACACUGAGGACUAUUCAGUGAGUGUACAGUACACACUCACCGAGGAACCCCCACCCAGCUGUUAUGCAGGGCCCCGGGACCUGAGCCAGCGCAUCCCCAUUAUUCCAGAGGAUGUAGACUGUGACUUGGGCUUGCCCCAAGACUGCCACGGGAUGCACAACCACAGCCCCUGGGGUGGGGCACUGAGCUUGGACGUUCCCCGACUCCACUGGAGUCUAGGCACAACCCGGGAAGAGGAACAGGCUCCAUGUUACCAAGCUGAGGUGCAGCCUGGCUGCUCUCCAGAGGAGGCAGGUGCUUCCAGGGCUAGCCUCUCCAGUGCCCCCCAGGACACUCAGGAGUCUCAUGCCCUGGCUGCUGAGGCUUCAGGUGAGAACAGAUGACAGUAGUAUUUGUAUAAGGAUCCUUGUCUCAGACCUUUUUUGUUUGGCUUCCUCUGUGCCUUUGGCUUCUGUACUUGAUGACUUUCAAACAUUGCUUUUCAGCCCUACCCCUCCUCAAACGCUAUAUCCAUGAUGUUGGCAUCUCCUCCCAUCAGAUGCUUCAUAUCCCAAAAGCACAUCUCAAUUUUAUUAACUAUUCUGCAUCUCCUAUGGUUCCCCUUAGUCCAUCCCUGUGUCUAUCAAAGAGCAAAGUCCUGACAGAGGUCACUGCAAUUGUUUGCUCUCCCACUUGGGAGACCUUAAUCACGGUCCUUAUACUAGAAAUGCUAUCGUGACUUUUCAGUUACCUUUAUAAGAUGUCUGUUUUUGUGUGUUUUCUGUUUGGUUUUUGAGACAGGGUUUCUUUGUGUAGACCAGGCUAGUCUUGAACUCAGAUCUCUCUGCUUCUGUCUCCUGAGUACUACUGGGAUUAAAGGCAUGCACUAACACUGCCCAGCAUAAGAUAUCUUCUAACUGGAGAUGCUCCUUUUGAUCCAGCCUGUGUCUUGUUCCUGCAGCAUGUCAGGUUCAUUUCCAUCUCCAUCGAGAUCCUUCGAUCUCAGCUCCACAGCCUUCCUUUCCCCAUCAGUGUCACUCCCACUGCUAUCUCCUAAUCACCUCAAGCCAGGCACCUCGUGGGAAGAUCUGUGAUCUGUGAGGAGUCUCCCCUGGCCCCCUGGGAACUAAUUCACUUAACUUCAGUUCUACCUAUGCUUCUGUGAUAUCUUAGGAGAUUCAGUAUAGGCAUCAAGGGAGACCUGCUCACCCUCUGCCCCAACAGCUGUUCUCAGUGUAGACUUGAGCUCCUCAGGAAAGGAGCCAUUGCUGCCCCCUUUAUCACACAGAGCCAAAUCACCAUUGUGAACUAUCACAUCCAAGGGCCCUAUGGAUGGGCUAGGGAUGCUCAAGGACCUUACCUGAUACGUACUACCCAAAGCCUGCUGUGCUGGCUCUCUCCAGACCCUUGAUGACUGUUCUCCCUCUUUCUCCCAGGACCAGGAUCUGGCCCAGGCAUCGGUACGGGAGCUUGAGCUCAAAAGGAACUCUUAUGUAGAAAUCGUGAACUGUACGGAGACUUCAAAGUCUGGCUUCCUUCAAAACUACUAUACACACACACACACACACACACACACACACACACACACACACACACACACAUAUAUAUAUUUUAGCUUUGACAAACACAAAAGUGGUAAUAAAGAGAGCCCUCCUCAACCCAAAAUGUGAGCCACCUGUGGCAUCCCUUCCUCUUUAACAAACCAACAGACAAAAAUCUCUUGAGUCCUUUGCCUCUUUAAUAAUGUGUUGUUCUGUUUUGUAAUGUGUGCUUGGGUUUCUGAGGUGUGUGGGAUUGAGUUCUCUGCUUUUUUUCUAAAAUAUUAUAUGUAAAUGUAAAAAGUUAUUUAAAUAUAUAUUUUAAAGAACCCUAACUACCAACUUCUGUUGAAAAAAAAAAUCACUGCUGCAUUAAAUGAACCACAUCAUGUGUCAAUACUGUUGUCUCCCUGGAGGGACCUCAGGCCUUUGAAAAGCUCAGGGUUACACCUGCCUUAUUGAAAAUGAACCAGAAACUUGAAGUAAAAAGCUCCAAGGAACAAUACAAAGCUGCCUCAUCCUUUUUCCCUUUUUUGAGGCAAAUCUGAACUUCUGGGCUUCUGGGAAGCCACACCUCUCCUGCCCACACCUGUAGGCAGCAAUGGAACAGGAGGGAAGUGGGGGCAGUGUCAAGCUAUUACUGCCUAGGCCAACUUUAUUGGAGACAGUUCUGCCCAUUCUCUUCUGUUCCUUUGGUAGGUCUUUAUCCCAGCAGAGGCUGUGGCUGUGACCAGCCCUGUUACUAGGGUCUCUCCUGCACUCUGACCACCAGUCAAGGGAAGAGACGCUCUCACCCUGUGGCCUUGGAGUCUUUUGUAAAAUCAUUUUGGGCUUCAUGCCAUCAAUUGCAGGGGUAAUUUAAAUGGGGUGUGCAGGGUGGACACCCAGGAGGAAUGUUGAUUUAUGGCCUUGGUGUCCUGUGGGACUAGAGGAACAAGCUCUCCUCUCAGUAGCAGUGCACCGCUCCUUGAAAGGCAUGCUGAGGCACACUUGUGCCCAUGGGUCUAGGGCAGCCACACCCCUCAGCUGUUGCCCCCUUAGGUUGCCUUCUUGGGGGACAUAUGCUUGAACCACAAGAGUGUACUAAGCUCCAAUUGGACCAGUCCCCCAUCCCCAGAAACAGGCCUCUGCCUGGUGGCUGCAGCGGUUCACCUUGCCAGCAGAUGUCUGCUAGCCUGUCUGCCUGAUGCACUAUUAUGUACUGAUUCUCCACGAGACAGACUAUCAGAUAGUUCAGACCCAAAGGGUAGGCUUUUGUAUAUUUUUUCCAGCCUCUUUUUUUUUAAGGGGAAGAGUUUUUUAAACCCAAACCACUUUUGGUUGUUUUUGUUAUUGUUUUUAAGAUGUUUUGUUUAUUUUUAAAAGGGAGAGAGAAUUAUUUAAAAUCACUUCAGGGAUUGUAAUCCUUUUUAUUCAAAAUAGUCCUUGUUCUUAAAAGUAUUUUCUUUUCCUUAGAGGAAACUAAUCGGCUUGGCCCUGUGUUUGCUAACUCUUCUGGUCACUUUUAGUCAUUCAUUUAGCAGAUGUCUUUUUCCAUCAGGAAGAGUUUGGCCGAGUGGGUCUGAAAACUCGGUUACAGAAUGGGGACCACCUGGGUUGCCAGAGACAGAAAUGACCCUUCUUCCCAGUCAGGCUCCCAGGAAGUCAUCCCAGGGUCCAGAUUGCACAUUUGAGAUGAUCAGAAUACUUUGUUCUUUAAAACCUCGUCCUAGGAUGAGGGCAUUUGCUUAUUUCUAUCCAGAAUCUAACAAAAGAAGUCCCACGUCAGAUGGCCCAGUUAUUUGCCCUUUAGGAAGUGGCCAUAGUGAAAUUUGUUCUUCUGCCGGACUCUGGAGGUCGGUCCCUUGAGGCUAUGCCCAGUGCACCUGUUGCUGAGGGUGUGAGAAGGGCCUAAACUGUUGACAUGUAAUCGGGGCUGCCUUUCUUUCUGGGGCCAGGAGUAGCAGCUGCUAAGAACAGCAGCUUUCCUUACUGUGCAAGGGGGGGGGUGGAGGCACAGCUUUUAACAUGAACUGCAAAGCACAGCUUCUCAUUGUUGAGAUGUUUGUUGUUUCUGGUUUUCCUUUUUUUUUUUUUUUUUUUUUUUUUUUUUUGUGUGUGUGUGUCUGUAUGUGCAUAUUUCUCCAUUGGCUGAAACAAACCCCAGAAAGAUUUUGCCUUUGUCCUGCCUGGCUAGAAAACCAUUUCUCAGUACUCAUAGAUGAGUAGAGAAUUUGAAUGCCACUAGGCAGAGUUAAAAAAACAAGUUCAACUCUCCUUUGAAAAAAUGCUACUAGUGGGUGACAGGCACUUGUAAUUGUUGUAGUUUUGGACUAGUAGAAACAAAAGAUUUAGAGACAAUUAUCAUCUUUGUGUUGCCACAUCAGACCAGAAUAAAACCUAUCUUAUGCACCAUUUAAAUCAGAAGAAAUAGUGUCUAUGAAGUUCUGAGAGCCACAGUGCUCUCUUCUGUGCCCUCUUCUGGGGAGGGGAAGUGGAAAGGGAGUGUCAGUAGUGUGUGGUGAUUGUAUAGCCAUGGACAAGGAGCACCCCACUGUCCACUGGGAGCCUGUGUGUGGAAUAGCAAGUGUGGGCUUGAUACCAGCCCUGGGUGUAAGACAGCCAUGCCAACCCAAAAUCUAGAACCAGAUGAAAAUGGAAGUUAAGUCAUUGUGUACCUUGAGGUGCCUCUGUGGUCGUAGCUCCAGAAGCUGACCAUCCAUCCCCUCUCCCCCAGGCCCAGACCGCUGUAUCCGUGUCCCUCUUUAGUCCCGUGGUUCAGGCCUUUCCCUAUGUGCUUCUGCUCUCAAAGUCCACACAGGACUGAUGCUUUUAAAAUGUGGUCUGUAAAAGAAUUUGAAAGUAUCAUCUUUUAAACUGACCUGCAUUUUUCUAUUCCUUACAUAAACUUUUUGUAUCGUGUUGGUCUAAUGACACUAUUUUAAUUUUUUUUUUAUUUCUCCCAUAGCACUUAAUAUUUUGUAAAGAUUUUUUUGUGAUAAAAUGGUCUAAGGGCUCUUUUUCCACAUUACCAUUUUAAAAACUUUUAAAAGCUAGAAAACAACUUAUGUAUAUUCUGUAUAUGUAUAGCAGCACAUUUCAUUUAUGGAAAUAUGUUCUCAGAAUAUUUAUUUACUAAUAUAUUUAUCUUAAGCCAUGUCUUAUGUUGAGAGUGUGACAUUGUUGAAAUAAUCAUUGAAAAUGACUAACAAGGCCCUGUAAAUACAUGAUAAUUGCACACAGAUUUUACAUAUUUGCAGACCAAAAAUGAUUUAAAGCAAGUUGUAGUCGUCUAUGAUUUUGUAACAAAUUGUACAAAUGACUGUAAAAAAAAAUACAAUUUUAUCAAGUA